UUUUUUUUUUUGCGCAUGCUCGGAAAGGGGACUCGAGUACAAGAGUCCAAAAUGCUGUGCAGUCCACACUUCCACCACGUUGCGGAUCAGCUUUCUGUGCAGAGUUGGCACCAUGGGCUCCUUUUGCAGUUUCUCCUGUUGGACGCCAGGUGGAGUGUUUGUCCCUCAAGACACCACCAACCUGGCAGGGGGAGCUGUGGCGCCCCGGCGGAUCCUCUAGUUUGUGUUCACUCUAUCCGCGGGGGAGCGACUCGUUGGCUCUGGUCGCGCAUGCGCAGAGCCUUCUCUUGCGCUUUCCCGCGCCCCCGCCCCUCUCUGUCUUCUCUACCCUGGGAGCAGCUCUCCUGCCUUGGCCCCUCGCCCCUGAAAAAUGUAUGCCUGCUCCAAGUUCAUCUCUACCCGCUCCCUGUUUCAGGGGAUCCAGUGUCAUCUUCUGGUCAUUGUGAGCACCAGGCAAUCACAAGGUGCGCAUACAUACAUGAGAUGAGAAGAGUGCUGGAUCUCCUGCAGCUGGAGUUAUGGAUGAUUAUGAGCCACCGCAUAGGUAUUGGAAAUUGAACCUGGGUCUCUACCAAUGCUCUUAAGCUCUAAGGCAUCUCUUUGGCCCUAUUAUUAUUAAUAUUAUUAUUGUUUUUGUUAUUGUUUUGAGACAGGGUCUCUCUGUGUAGCUCUGGCUAGCCUGGAACAUGUAGAGAUCUGCCUUCCUCUGCUUCCUGAGUGCUAGAUUAAAGGUGCCUGUCCGCCUGUCUCUUAAACAAAUAGAAAGACUGACUCAAGAUUCUGAGGAAACUUGAAAGAAUGGAAGGAGCGUCAGAGAACAUCCUACUGGAUGCAAUGACAUGCUCUGAAAGUUGCCUCCACAGCCUUCCUGACCUUCCUGCCCUUGUCAUUC